AUUCUACGCAAAUUGUAAUGGCUGAUAUUUUAGGAGUCGUUUUCAGACGAUUUGCAUCAGGAGCUGUAACGAGUGAUUUACUAUUUCCCUCUAGUGUAGAAGGCAACACGUUAGUGAUUGGGGAAGUAAACAUCAGAAGAUCUGUGUUAUUUCUAGCCGCGGUCACAGCUGCCACAGAUCUGGGGCUCAAAGUGCUGUUUUUCACACAGACUCCAUUUCAGUCUCUACCGGUUUCUCUGAGGGCUUCAGUUCCUGGACUAAAACUAGAGAGUCUGAAGAAUGUGAAGUUUGUGUAUGUGAAGACUUUGAAGGAGCUAGUUGAGGAUGUGGCGUCCCUUCAUGAGCUGGCGUCAGAGGCCGCGUCUCCUCCCUCUCUGAUCAUCGUGGACGGUCUGGAGAGGUAUUUACACGGGCCUCAAGGCGGACCGCUACAGGACGACCUGGGCCCUGUGGCCCACGUGGCAGCCCUCCUGCACGACACUGCUGCUUUUCUCACACAGAUCCACCAGAACAGAGCAGACGGCCAGGGCCUGUGCAGGGUCAUGGUCUCCUUUCAGAGUGAAUGUGAAGGCAGUCGGGACAGUGAAGCCCCUGAUCUUCUCCUUUCUGUACUGGACCGUUACCUCCGGGUGAGGUGUACCUUGGAGGAAAUGGCGGGGCAGAACGAGUGGCAGGUGUAUCUGUCAGGCACAUGUCCUUCGUUGGCCCAUCAAGGACAGCAGUGGCACAUGGUGCUGCAGGCAGGAGGUGCUGUGGAGUUUCGUCCAGUCAUCAAUGGAGAACAGCAGAUUCUGGAUCAGCAGGACAAAAGCAGACCGGAAAAUGAGAGACGUGAAGAUGGAAAAUAAAAUGUUAAUAUUCCAAUGUACUGUAACCGAUUUUUAUUUCUCAGUUUGACCAGCUAUACUUGAUUUAUAGGAACGUUGGUGUUUACUUGUAAUGUUGACAAAGUAACAAACUUUGACUAAAUACAAAUAUUUUGCAUCUCAGUCAACUAUACUUGCAGGAUUUGGAUAGUAUUAACAAUGUUUAAAGUUUUCUAAAGUUUGAAAAAAAAUUUCAUCAUUAAUUUGUUGUACAUCAACUAUGCUUUUUUAUUUACAGACUGUUAUUUGUUUACUUUUGAUUACAUUGCAUUUAAUAAAAACCCUUGCAUUAAAAGAUUAGAAAACGUC